GAUGAGGACGAGGAUGAAGAUGACGACGGUCCCGUGGGAUUGUCAGAAGAUGAUAUUCGCGCGCAAGCUGAAGUCGGAAACGUGGGAAGGCGGUGCCGACGCCGAUAAGGCAUGUACGGUAUGUUUGUCGAAAGGUGAAAUGAUAAUCCGUCUGGUGCAGACAUGUUCUCAUUCAUUCCACAAAGAUUGCAUUGUGGCGUGGCUGAGGCUGAACGGGACGUGCCCUAUAUGCCUCCAUCGGGCCGUCUGCGACGUCGAUGAGACUGUUGUCACCCUGCCGCCGCCGCCGCCCGCAUUUGAUAUCAUGUCUUUGAUGCCUCAUAAUUGGUCUUUGAUCAACAGUUCAAAUGCUGAUUGGACUAGCUAUCCCGAUAGUUCUCGCUCCACCACUGGGUAUGCAGUUUUUCUGGGCAUUUAUCUUAUUUCAUGGCGGUACAAGAAGCAACCAACGGUUUCAAAGUCCUCCACUGAAGGUGAAUACAGAGCCAUAAUUUACACUGUUCAGGACACCCUCUUUGUUCAAUCACUUCUCGUGGAUAUGGGAGUCUUGAUUUCGACUCUUGUUCAGCUACAUUGUGACAAUGUCUCUGCAACUUACUUGGUUGUUAAUCCCAUUCGACAUGACCACAACAAACACAUCAAGAUUGACCAUCACUUUGUCCGAGAACGAGUUGCUCAUGGAGAUCUCAGAGUUAAAUAUAUUCGCAUAUAGUUACAGUUAGCUGAUAUUUUUACUAAAAACUUAUCUAGUCAACGUUUUGAAUUUUUACAUUCCAAUCAGUGCGUUGUAUCCAUGCACAGAUUGAGGGAGUUAAAUGUAUUAUAGUGGUUUUAUUUUGUAAUUUCCAAACAUUGUUUUAUUAUAAAUGUAUGUUUUUAGACUUCCAAAAGGGUAAACCAUUAUUCUCUC